AUGACUGACCAUUCGUUAGCACCAAACCUUGUUGAAAGCUUCGACCGUUUAAGCUUGAAUCAGCUGUCAAAGAGCUCGCCAUCUCGGCUGCCGCCUUUCCAGCUGAAACGAUCCCGCAGCCAACAAGGCCCAGUGCCACCUCUACCUGGUAGCAGCGCUACCACAAAUGCAGUACCUCAUGAUUCAUCUUAUGCUAUUAGCACCAGCACCACAUCUCCUCCUCCUAUUCCUUCUGCAUCGAAAUACACCAAUCAGACAAACCACCACGGCAACAGCAACAACAGUAGCAAUAAGCGUGAGAUAUCGUUCAAGAUAAUAUAUAGGCUGGGUGGGAGGAGCUACUGGGACAAAGGUAGAAGGAUGAUUGAUGCAAUAUUAACCCAUCAUCAACACCAACGGUUAUUAGCAUCCAACUUGUCGCAUGUUCCAUGCAAGUUUUUCAAGCAAGGCACAUGUACUGCCGGGGCCAACUGUAUAUUCUCACACAACCCUGAUCCAACGUGCGAGUCAGCUGUGUGCAAGUACUUUUUGAAGGGAAACUGCAAGUUUGGCUCGAAAUGCGCCCUCUUACACACCAUGUCACCGUACACCCCCGACGGGCGCAAGCUAUUGGUCAACCAGCACCGUGAUCGAAACAUCAGCAGCAACAACUCGCCAUCCAGCUCGAUGACUUCUGCAAUGGCUGCUGCUGCCGCCGCCGCAGCAAUGGCAAAUGGCAACGGCAACGGCAACGGCAACGGCAACGACGGGUUGGCUUUAUCGUUGGGUUCUUCUGGCCUACAGAACCUUCGUUCGCCGCCGCUUGGGGGCCCGCUUGAUUUUGGCCCGCACAUGUACUCACCCGCACAUGCGACUUUCUUGGACCAGACACAUCAUCUCUCGACCAGCGCAGAUGCUCGCUCGUACAGCCACCUUACGGCAGCCAUCCAUCGUCAGCAAGAUACGGGAGGCACCAGUUCAUCUUCAUCAUCCUACCAUGACCAGCGCCGAAAAUUACCGUCGAAUGGCUACGAUUCCCUUUACAAUGGGCAGGCAAGUUUGCGUACAUCCUCGUCACCUGGUGCAGCACGCGAUGCCGAUCUCAGUUCGUCGCCUUUUGGACAGCGCUCGUUGUUUCUUCACCCAAACACGCCAUCAUCUGCUGUCAGCAUGCCCCCGCCGUCCUCGUCCUUGUCGCGCCACGCACAGGCUUUGCACAGUAUCCCCGAGUCGUCGUCGCACUUUUUGGACGUGCCUCACCGUGGUAGCUAUGCUGACUAUUUCGAAGACGAGCACGACGACAACUUGAAUGAUGCCAUGCUACCAUCGUCAUUGAACGAGCUGUUGACACCGACCGAAUUGCAGCUACGUAAAGCAAGAGAGCAACAGCAACAGCAGCAGCAGCAAUCGAUGCGAAGUUAUAUGUCAGGUGCCGGGCUGGAGCGCUCGCCAUCAGAAUCGAUGCGAUACAAGACGUCUUCGUCGUUGGCUGCAAAAUCCCUCGAUAUGCCUCAUUCGUACGAUAUAGGGUCAUGGCAGCAGCCGCAGCAGCAGCAGCAACAACAACAACAACAACAACAAACGUUCAGGAACGAUGAUCUUUACGAUGACCAAUUAUUGCAACGGGGCGGCAGCAGCGGUAGCUUCGGUGCUGGUGGUGUCACCAAUGCUAUCAACAUCCCGGGCGGAAGCAAACUGGCUAAACCGCUAUCCUCCGCAAGCCUUAUCAAUCAGCAAGACGAGUAUCGCAAGACGGAUAGCAGCAACGACUUGUUUUCGCCAUUUGCUCUAGCGGAUGAUGAAGGGCCAUUUUACAUGGAGGAUGCAGAGCCAGCGGUGGUCAGUGCUUCUGCUGCUGCGGUCGCUGUUGGUGCCACGGAUAAUGGGCGGCAAUCGAAGGUAUCGACGACAGACGAUCAUCAUCGUCUGCUAACUCCGUUUGAAUUCCCAUCUCUAAAGUCUUCUUGA